AUGUUGAACCCGCUCUACUCUGCCUUACCCGGCUCGCCCGGGAGCCCCAGGGGCCACCGGGCCGGGGCUCCGAGCCGCCCCACCCAGGCGCGUCCCCACUUCAGUUCCCCAGGCGGAGGAAACAACAACAAAAGGAGAGAGCCCGCCGCCGCGCCCCCUCGUCGGGCCGCAGCCCAGGCUCCCGAGCUGCCCGGGUUACGGGAAGCGAAGUGGGCAAAAAACCCAACGCCUGCACAAAUGCCGUCCAAACCUUCACCUUAUACACCCACACUCACGCACACACAUGCACAGAAGCGAAAAACUUCCUGGCUGCACGAAAGAGGAAGGGAAGCACAGGGGAAGCGGCUGGGGCAGCUACCGCUCCUUCAGCCACCGCUGCUGCCACCGCCACCGCUCCUCACCACCCCAGUUCCGGCCACCCCCACCGCAACCACCGCGGGUGCCGCUGCUGGAGCCGGGGCCACAGCGGCCGCUUCAUCCUCCACCGGACUGGAGAUGGGAGGGACACUUAAUCCCCAGCAACCCUUGUAACUAAGCAUGGCCAUGCUACCCA